AUGGGACCAUUCGGAUCCCUAUUCAGACUCACGAGGUACUUGAUGAUUGGUGUUAUUUUAAUUUUGCUACUUAAAGAUACACCAAUAAGCUGUGCUGGUGGUUCUUCGUAUUCUAUCAACAUUAAAAAAUAUGUGUGUAUCGAUACGCCGUACAAAGAAACGACGCUUCUUUCUUGUAAAAGUAUUCCGCGAAGAAAUGCGCCUACGAUGGUCCAUUUGACAUUACAUGUUCCAAAGUUAUACGAUAACAUUACAGUGAAAGUUAUGUUGUUUUAUAAAUUCAGCACUUAUCUACCAUUCCUGUUUACCAUAGAAGGAAAUGCUUGUGAAUUCAUUAGACAUCCUCCAAAGUUCAGCAUUGAAAAGCACGUGUACGACGUUGUUCAAGAUACAGCUCCAGAACUGCUAGCUCCUUGUCCAACGGGCAAUCGCACCUACAACCUUACUUGGUACCUUGAAGAUCGACAUGCGCCAAAGCACAUCCCAGCAGGGGAAUACAAACUGCAGAUUAAAUUGAUAGCACGACACAAUGUCACCAUAUUUGCAUUGGAUGUAUAUGGUGUAGUGCGUAAUACAGGAAUCGUAUCCUCCUUUAUGACAUAG